CGGUCCAGCCUGUCACCGGUGACCACCUACAGCGAUCAACCCCACGUAGCUUUUGGCCAUUGAACACAUUCAUUUCCAUUUUCCACAGAGCCAACCCCUCUCUCUCUUUCUGACCGUUUUGGUGUCGGUUGGGCGGCAGUCGUGGUAAUAGCUGGGUGUUUCGGAGUGUCGUUCUCGUAAAAACCAUGUUUUUGAUCGACUGGUUCUACGGCGUUCUUGCGUCGCUUGGGUUGUGGCAAAAGGAGGCCAAGAUCUUAUUCUUAGGUCUCGAUAAUGCCGGCAAAACGACGUUGCUUCAUAUGCUUAAAGAUGAGAGAUUAGUUCAACACCAGCCAACGCAGUACCCAACAUCAGAGGAGCUGAGUAUUGGCAAAAUCAAGUUCAAGGCUUUUGAUUUGGGGGGACAUCAGAUAGCUCGUAGAGUUUGGAAAGAUUACUAUGCCAAGGUGGAUGCAGUUGUCUACUUGGUGGAUGCUUAUGACAAGGAAAGAUUUUUUGAGUCUAAGAAAGAGCUGGAUGCUCUCCUCUCUGAUGAGGCCUUGGCAAAUGUUCCAUUCCUUAUUCUGGGCAAUAAGAUUGAUAUUCCAUACGCUGCCUCAGAGGAUGAGUUGCGUUUUCAUCUUGGCCUAACCAACUUCACCACAGGCAAGGGUAAGGUGAACCUGGCAGACUCGAAUGUCCGCCCCCUUGAGGUUUUCAUGUGUAGUAUUGUCCGGAAAAUGGGUUAUGGAGAUGGUUUCAAAUGGCUUUCUCAGUACAUUAACUAGUAGGCCCUAAAAGUGAGGAUUAGCCAUCUCAUUUCUAUAUGUUAUUUCGUACAAAAUGGAGCUGGACUUCUUGUCAGUUCCAAAGUUACUGUUGGAUAUAUUUCACUUGUUCCGUGUUUUGUUUGUUGUUUAUGGUGAAUCCACAGAGAUAGCUCACCAUACUAUAUUCUUAACAAAGAAGAAAUUCAUGAUUUGUGCUA